AUGGCCACAACAAUUAAAGCAACGUUAUUCUAUGUUGCUUCAAGUGAUUCGGAUCCUCAACAUCAUCUUCUAGUCGAAAAGCAGAUACUCCUAAUCGCGACUGCCCUGGAGACACGACCCGCAAGCGGAAGUCGACGCGAUCUUGUCGUAAGCAACAGCGUCUGCUUCAAAAGUUAUUGGCCGUUACGAUGACAGCACUUCGGAAGAUAAUCAAUGAUGGAGUGAAUGAUGGCAUUGAUGUUAAAUUUGACUCUUUAUUAAUUGAAGUAAUUGACAAUAUACAAGAUGAUGAUUUUAUAGAACUAUCAGAACCAUUAGGUUAUAUUUUUAAUUAUUCAAUCAAAUGUAAUGGUAAUCUUGAUAAACUAGUUGACUACAUCGUCACAAACUUGAUCGUUGUGUCUUUCAUGGGGGGGGGGCAUAUAUUAUUGUUAGCUGGGUCCGCCUCUUGUGGUCCUGUGGGUCCUGCCCCUGGUCUUGUUUUGAAGUGUAGAAGGUUGCCCACCCCUGACCAGGCUGGUCCUGCUCCACCGCUACCGACAUCUUGCCAUCUUGUUAACCCGACAAUUGGAAUAUAUUCUACUUCGGCUGUAUAACAACACCAGAAUAUAUGGAGGGGUGUAGUUUAAUUAUUUGGUAUAUAUAGUGUAUAGUAGUUUGAUUAAAUUUAAUUUUCCACGUCUGACACCAGGGCAAGCAAGCAAGUGUCAUUUGUGUAUUCAAGUUUGAUUCAACAUAAACGAGAAUUCAUGUUAAACCUCUCUGUCAUUGUGGUAAUUAAUUGUCGGUAUUCAAAGUUUCAAACCUACAGUUGAGUAGUGUAUAUUAACUGUUCUAGUAAGAAUGGUGUCAGAAUAUUUAUAACUGUGAAUACUAUGCACAGAUUAAUAAAUGUAAUAUAUUUUGUAGGGAACUAAUGAUGUGAACCACCAAAUUAAAGCGACAGUCGCACCUGCAAUCUUUUUGUGUGGUACUUCUGUGUUUGAUACUUCGGUAAUGUAUGUUGUUCGGGAAGGAAGAGUGAUGUGCGACGCAUCACGUGAAUAUACAAACUUUUAG